AAAUCAUCGAUCGUCGAUCCAACCAACUAAAUGUUGUUUGUGCAAAAUAUAAAAAAUCGUAUGAAGAUGAAGUUUACAAAAAAUCUCACAAUAGUGUUAAUAUGAUACAAACGCACGAUAAUUUUGCGAUAACAAACGAUUUCGCUGAUAAAAUAGGCGAUUAUCGUAAUAGUAAAAAUGACGGUUUUGUGAAUGAUAUCUCUCUUGGUUCUGAGUGGUCCGAUUGGUCUUACUGUUCAAAUAAUAAGAAACGCAGCUCUAUGAAAAAUGCACAGGACACAUUGCCUACACAUGACGCACGUUACCAACGGCUGCUCGAAUGCACUAGACAAUUCGAUUUUCUGCCUCAAAAGUUGUACGGUCUCUUACAAUAUCGUCAGGACAAAAUGACAAACGUAAAUUAUCUUAAUGGUUCCAAUAGUACAAUCUCGGUGCAAGGAAAUUGGCAACACGAAAAAAUACAGGUACAUCCGUGCAAUUUGAAAGACAGAUUAUGUGAGCUUAGAUUGUCGCAUGCUUCAUUAAAGUGCAUUAAGGUACGUAACUACUCGAAGUCAUAAAUCAUCUUGGACGAUGA